GAUUCAUAAAACAUAUUUGCUUUUUUACCAAUCAACCAAUGCAACAAUGUUAAAUUUAAAGCAAAAAUCAUUCACAAUCGGAUUUAUGGAGGAUCAACCAUUUAUAGCAACAAAUGAUCGAAACGAACGAAAAGGUAUCGAAGUAGAAAUGAUGGAAACAUUUGCAAAAAAAUUUAAUUUUACCAUCAAUUAUCAAAAUUUUCGACAAUCAUCAUGGUCAAAUCUAUAUGAUAAUCUAACUAAUGGAGAUAUUGAUUUCGGUAUGGGUGGUACAGUGAUAACUGCAGAACGUUUUGAAAAAGUCAGCUAUCUUUAUCCACAUAUAUUUGAUAAAUUUACAUUUGCAACAUCACCAUCGAUUGCAAAUUUAAAUCAUUUUGAUUUAAAUAUUCUCAUUCGACCGAUGGAUAGUUCUGUUUGGUUGUUAUUAGCCUUAACAUUAAUAAUAAUAUUAUUUGUUGGUCGACUAUUUCAAACCGUUCAACCAUCAAUUCAAUUGAAUAAUCAUCAUCAAAAUAUUCGUCAUGAUUUAUUCGAUAUUUGUAUUCAUCAUCUAUUUCGACAAUCAGUACCAUUAUUACGGCUGGCGAAUCGACAAACAAAAAUUUGUUCAAUGUUUUGGACAUUUACAGCCGUUAUAGUAUUGGCAAAUAAUUACACCGGAUCAUUAUGUUCGAUGUUAGCAUUACCAUCACAUUAUACAAUGGAUACGGUCAAAGAAUUAGCUCAACAACUGCGUAAUAAUCCUAAUUUACAUACUUUAGGUAUCGCCAAUAGUAGGCCUUAUAAAUCAUUGAUAUUAUCUAAUGUUGAGGAAAUCAAAUUGAUCGGUCAAAGAAUGGAAUAUAUUAGCACUUACGAUUCAGCCAUAAGGAUGAUAAUUGAACAAAGUCGCAGACAAAAAACAUUUUCAUCGAAUGGUUCAUCAUAUGUAUUUAUGGCAUCACGAUUACGUUUAAUAUUUGAAAUGAUUUCUUUCGGGAAAAAUCUUGUCUUUGUUCCACUGCAUACGGAAGCUGCCAAUCUUUAUCCAUUAUACGUAGCUGUAGCUGCAACAAAAUCAUUUGCCCAUAGGAAACAAUUCGAUCGCAUCAUUUUCUAUUUACACUCAUCCGGAAUAUUAAAUCAUUGGAUAAGAAUGGAAGCUUUUCGUACAAUUGCAUCUAGAAAUUCAACAAUUAAUCAUCAACGUGAUAAUAAUGAUAUUGAUCAACAACAACAACAAGAGGAUAAAUCGAAAAUGAGCAUCUUCAAUUCCUAUGUUGCAAUGAAUAAUCUGGAAUUUGAUGAUUUAAAAUCGAUAUUUAUCCUAUAUAUCAUAUCUAUUUCAAUUACUUGGAUAAUUUUUCUAAUAGAAUUUAUCUCAUCAUUAUUAUCAUCCUAUAAUUGGAAACGAAUGAUUAUCAUAUUGGAA